AUGGAUGAACGCGUUCAUGCCACAGUACGAUGGAUUGAGGCGUCAGUCAAAGCCUCACCUUACAUCUGGAGUGCCGCUGGUCUCACAUUUCUUCUCGGCGUGCAAUUACUCUUGGCGGUAGCUAUUCUUCACGGAGAUGAGGCCACCGUGAGAAGACAAUUGAUCUCUUUACAACGUAUCGAUUUCGACAACGACGCAGCGUCGACUGAGACGGAGACAAAUGGUACCAGAAAGAAGAAAUCCACGAGCCAAUCAGCAGAGCAGAUCAUUGAACUUUCUCCAAUCGCUUCAUGCGCAGCUAUCAAAGUCAGCCCAAAUCAAAAUCUUGACGACCAAGAUACAUACAAUAACUGUUACAUAUUUGCCAUCGACUCUCACCAAGCAGACGAGCAGGGUUUCGCAAUCUGGAAAUCUCUCGACCAGCAGACCAAACCUGCAUUAUCGCAAGUCAAGACAGAAUUAUGGCUGCCAAAGCCAAAUGCCGACAACAGCGAUUCAUUGGUUCAGGCCGGUGGCUGCAUCGUCAUGUCAUUCGCUGAUCCCGCAGUGCCAGGUUGGCUGGAGCGCAUCGCUGGAAUGAUUGGCAAGAAUUUCAAGACGCCUCAAGUUACUUGCAUUCUGCCACUGCACUUUUCACUGGAGGACAUUGAACAGAACAAGCUCGUUAUGAGACCUUUCAGGAUUGACGGGGAGAAUGGGAAAGGGUUGGACCUGGAGAAGUUCCCCGCGUUUUCGGAUAUUUUGCCGAAGCUGAGACUUUUCCUUGGGUAUUCUGAGCAGCAGGGCAUCACCAUUUUCAAGCAGCUGUGA